CGGGUCAGCUGACCCGAGGGGGCGGUCGACCGUUCUAGGCCGUUUGCCUCGGCCUCAGAAUCGCCGGCGCCAUGGCCAGCCAGUCGCAGGGCAUCCAGCAGCUGCUGCAGGCCGAGAAGCGGGCCGCCGAGAAGGUGUCGGAGGCCCGCAAGCGAAAGAACCGGAGGCUGAAGCAGGCCAAAGAAGAGGCUCAGGCUGAAAUUGAACAGUACCGCCUGCAAAGAGAGAAGGAGUUCAAGGCCAAGGAAGCUGCGGCUCUGGGCUCCCACGGCAGCUGCAGCACCGAGGUGGAGAAGGAGACCCAGGAGAAGAUGACCAUCCUGCAGACCUACUUCCAGCAGAACAGGGAGGAAGUCCUGGCUAACCUCUUGGCCUUUGUCUGUGACAUCCGGCCAGAAAUCCACGAAAACUACCGCAUAAACGGAUAGGGAACGAAGGAGCAGCUCUGCGCGCGGGUCGGCAUUUUAGGUGCCUUCCUGCUUAUGAGGCUUCGGCAAAGCUGGAGUUACGUUCUUGUGGAAAGGCAUUAGAUUAUUUGUGUGUGUCGUAUAGUAGGCCCCUUCAUUUUUUGGAGAAUAGCAGAUCUAGCUCCUUUGUACAGACUUAGAGCUUAUCGAAAGAUCUUUCUCCUUUUCCCUCAUAUUUCUUAGAAAUUUAACGUGUAUAUGUUGUCUGUUUCCUAUGCCUUUUAGCCCAAGCAACGUAUAUAUCAAUACUUUUUCUUUCUUAGAUGUAGUAAAAAAAAACAAAAACAAAAACAAACUUUUUUUUUUUAUUUUAAAGAAAGAAAGGGAUUAAAUAUUUUUUUUUCCCUAUAGCUUUCUUAAAGGUCAGGGGCUUUAUCUAUGAAAAAGUAGUAAAUAGUUAUUUGUAACUUGUGUGAAGCAGCAGCCAGCCUUAAAAAAGUCUUUUCUGGCUAAGGGAUAGAAAAAUAAAUACUAGUAUAAUUGUUUGGGCUGCUUUUAAUUUCUCCUAAUCAAAAUUACUAGCUGAUAGAAUUCAAGAACUUGUUACGUCUUGAUACUUGGUGUACCGGUCAUCAUUUAAAAGUAAAGACUUUGUCAUGCAUUUUCCCUCCCUCUGGUUCAUCCCUUUUGAUAAUGCAAAGUGCACUCUGACCCAGAUGUGCAGAAUUUCACUUCGGAAAUUAAAUUAGCACACGUAUCACGUACACGUUUGCACGCAUACUUAGAAAAUGUAUGUAUCUUAGCAGGAAGGAAAUCACUUGUGAUUUUACCCAACCCACUAGUUUGAAAACAGCAUCCAACUAGUGAGUCUGCAGUCUGUCUUUUAUCUACUGGGGCGGCCUUGGGCCAGUUACCGAGCCCUAUUUCCUCCCUACUGGGCUACGUGAUACAUGUAGUGCCUAUAUAGGAACUUCAUGCGCACUCUCAAGAGUUCAGUGCUCUGUGGCUCUCUAUUAGCCGAAAGUCUGGCUGCAAAAUAAUUUCUAGUAGAUGAAAACAGUUGAAGGACAGCAUAAUGGGAUUUCCUUCCUUGUUCUGAACUAGUAGGAGGGAAUUAAAUGCCCUUUAACGAAAUCACAUAUGAUUCAGGAUGGGUUAGUCUCAGGCCACGUCCGUCUCUAGUUUCUGUUCUUUUUUAGAGUAGAAUUCUUCGUGAGUUUUCUAUACGAGCGUGUCCAGUUUUUACUGUUUAAGCACUCCUGUCAGCCCACUGAAACCGCAUGUCAAGGUCAGUGAUGACCAGAUUGAGAGGUCCAGUCUUCCUACGUGACCUUCAGUCCUGUUUGACAGGUCUGACUAUUCCUUCCAGAACCACUUUCUUAGCUUUGUUGUGCCGUGAUGUGCUACCCGGCCCCUCCUUUGUCUCUUGCUAGUUCCAGCUUCUCUUUUCCCAGGGGUUUGUUCUUGGACUUGUCUACACUCAUUCCCUUGUUGAAAUCCACCUACUUUUCAUGGCUUUAAAUAGCAUCUAUGUUAAAGAUGCAAAUUUAUAUCCACCUUCUCUCUCCUGAACUCUAGAGUUGUCAAAUUGCUUAUCUGCUAUUUUGAUUUGGAUCUGUAAUAAACAUCUCCAUCUUAACGUG